CUUUCCUCUCUACACUUUCAUAGUAAGCUCCUGCUUAUAUCUCAAGUCACAAGGUCUUAAUGGCAGGCAGGCAGCUUAUAGUCCUUGUGUCAUCCCUCCUCCUCACUGCACUCGCCUUCUUCCCUUCCACAACUGCAACCGAAUAUCAGAAAAAAAUCGAUGUGGUUGUGGAGGGCAUGGUGUACUGCCAGAGCUGUGACCACUAUGGAACAUGGUCCAUGACCGGAGCUAAACCAAUCCCUUCCGCUAAAGUGAGUGUCAUCUGCAAGAACCACAAGGACCAAGUCAGCUUCUACAAGGCUUUCCAAACAAAUGCUGAUGGCUACUUCUAUGCACCCCUUGAUGGCUUCAAAAUGAACCACAUGUUGGACCAUCCCCUCCAGGCUUGCCAUGUCAAACCUGUCUCUUCACCUCUCGAGGAUUGCAGGUUCCUCAGUAAUGUCAACUAUGGCCUCAAUGGAGCUCCGCUUCGUUAUGAAGACAAGAGAGUUAUGGGAAGCAAUUAUGAAGCUGUGGUGUAUUCUGCAGGGCCUUUGGCUUUUCGCCCUCAGCAUUGUGCUCCAAAAACUCACUACUAAUUUGUCACACCAGUCGGCUUUAAUCCCAGAUUAACUUGAUUUACUUAAUCAACGGCUUUGUUUCUUGAAUAAACCAGUUUGUAAUCUGCAACGAGAAAUGCUUGUUUCGUUUACUCAUAUCUUAAUAUUAUAAAUUUAAUUUCACAA